UUGAAUGAGGGGCCAUCAUCCCGGUGGUUCGGCGGUUCUACGUCCACUUUUAAGACUCGCUGGACAAAUCUAAAAUGAAAAAGAUGGAUUUAUUGACGGGUACCUAAGUGACCACCCGAUCACCUCCCACCUGCUCGUUUGGAUUAGUUGGAUGCUGCGCUCUCUGCUCCCUUCCAUUUGCACAUUCCAUCUAAUAUCUAUAAUUUCCAGGCUUUUCCUUAAUACUAAUGACUUGGAUUGGAUUUGACAAAAUACACAUGUAUAGUGUCUCUCUCUUUAUUUCCUGAAGGAUUUUAGACAUACAGCCUAACAGCUUUAAACCCCCCUCCCCCUCCCUUGUUCCCUUUACAUCAGAUUAAAAGGCUAACUCAAAACACUCACGUACACAACGUACACACAACAUGUCCUCCAUACUACCCUUCACUCCCCCGGUGGUGAAGCGGCUGCUCGGUUGGAAGAAGACUCCGGCAGGAGGCGGUGGAGCAGGAGGUGGGAUUGGAGGAGUAGGGGAGCAGAACGGAGGUGGGCAGGAGGAGAAAUGGUGUGAAAAAGCUGUCAAGAGCCUGGUGAAGAAGCUGAAGAAGACAGGGCAGCUGGAUGAGCUGGAAAAAGCCAUCAGCACGCAGAACAUCAACACUAAGUGUGUCACCAUACCCAGCAAUUGCUCAGAUCUAUGGGGUCUAGGGUCAGGCCACAUGAUAGAGCAGUGGGACUCUUCAGGCAUGUACGGAUACCCUGACCACAACAGGUCGUUGGAUGGGCGUCUUCAGGUGUCCCAUCGUAAGGGCCUGCCGCACGUCAUCUACUGUCGCCUGUGGAGAUGGCCCGAUCUUCACAGCCACCAUGAGCUGCGGGCCAUUGACAACUGCCAGUAUGCCUUCAACUUCAAGAAGGAGGAAGUGUGUGUCAACCCUUAUCAUUACCAGAGGGUGGAGACGCCGGUGCUGCCCCCAGUUUUGGUGCCCCGCCACACAGAGAUUCUGACUGAGCUUCCACCGCUAGAUGACUUUACAAACUCAAUCCCUGAAAACACCAAUUUCCCAGCUGGCAUAGAUCCUCCUAAUAACUACAUACCAGAGACUCCCCCGCCUGGCUACAUAAGUGAAGAUGGCGAGGCUAAUGACCAGCAGAUGAAUCAAAGUAUGGAAUCAGGCUCACCAGCAGAACUGUCACCUAACACCUUGUCACCCGUCAGCCACGGCCUGGAUCUUCAGCCGGUAACUUACAGUGAACCAGCUUUCUGGUGCUCUAUAGCCUACUAUGAGCUCAACCAGCGUGUUGGAGAAACAUUUCACGCUUCGCAGCCUUCUCUUACUGUGGAUGGCUUCACCGACCCCUCCAACUCUGAGCGCUUCUGCCUUGGACUUCUCAGCAACGUCAACAGGAACGCAACUGUUGAAAUGACAAGGAGGCAUAUAGGUCGUGGAGUGAGGUUGUACUACAUUGGAGGGGAGGUGUUCGCUGAGUGCCUCAGCGACAGUGCCAUUUUUGUCCAGAGUCCCAACUGCAACCAGCGAUACAGCUGGCACCCCGCCACAGUCUGCAAGAUACCUCCAGGCUGUAAUCUGAAGAUUUUUAACAACCAGGAGUUUGCUGCUCUGCUGGCUCAGUCCGUCAAUCAGGGGUUCGAGGCGGUCUACCAGCUGACCAGGAUGUGUACCAUCAGGAUGAGCUUUGUCAAAGGAUGGGGCGCGGAGUACAGACGUCAGACAGUCACCAGCACGCCAUGUUGGAUCGAGCUGCAUCUCAAUGGCCCCCUCCAGUGGUUGGACAAAGUGCUGACCCAAAUGGGAUCCCCCUCUGUGCGCUGCUCUAGUAUGUCCUAAGAGGCAUCUGGCUGCUGUAGAAGAAACUUGACAUUACACAACAUUUGACCAGGAUCUUAAAGAAUUACACCAUGAUGGAGUAACAUCAUUAAGAGGAGAAGAAACACACGAAGGACCUCAAGGUUGAGAGAAUGAGCGUGUAGUAGUCGAAUGUAAACAUCACAAUGCGCCUGAUUAUGACCUUUUGACUUUGGUUGGAUCAACCUCAGGCUCGCGUUCCAAUCACCUUUGACCUAAUAACUGAAGUCACUCCGCAUAUCCAAAAUGACAAGAGUGGUGUCCAUUCACGUUUCAGGUAUUUGACUGAGGUGCUGAACAAGACUCAAACGCAGAGAACAGUUGGACAAUUGAGUCUCUCUCUCUCUCUCUCUCUCUCUCUCUCUCUCUCUCUCUCUCUCGCUCUCUCAGUCUCUCGCUCUCUCUCACCAGUACACCUUGCCUCCUCACUGCCUCGCUACCACGCCACAAGCUGGACUCAGUGUCGUGUUUUCGUUUACACGCGGUUGACUAGCGGUCCAACUGCCACACUUUGGAUUUACGUUCAACCAAUGUUCAAAUAGCGUUUCUCACAUUCAGUGACCAAAGUACUGUUCUGUUUAUCGGUCAAACUUGCGCUUACCCCACCCCCGCUCCCUCUCCUCCUUUUCAGUCCACUGUUUGUGUGACCUUUUGCAGUCACACAAACUAAUUAACACAUGCCCUUCACACACUCUAACCAUGAAACACACGGAUUCACGUUCAACCAAUGUUCAAAUACCGUUUCUCACAUUCAAUGACCAAAAUAGUGUUCUGUUUAUUGGUCAAGACUUGCGCUUACACCCUCCUCCUUUUCAGUCCACUGUUUGUGUGACUGCAAAAGGUUAACUUUUGCAAUCACACAAACUAACUAAUUAACACAUGCCCUUCACACAUUCUAACCUUGACACACACACACACUCAUAUCCUAACUUUCACUCAACUGCAAAUGUGUGCUCGAUCUCAGUGGGGUUGGUCGAAUAAUUUAAUUUAAAAGUGAGUGUUCGUUCCCUCCAGCGUAGAAACCCGCAAGCACAAGUCGUUAAACUCUUUCUCUUGCUUCCUUAUUGUAUUGUAUGCCAUUCCAUUUAAAGGAGUUGUAGUAGAAUACAAAUAGAUGUGCAGGAUGAGAACUUUAGUCUCUGUGUCGCCCCCAGCUGCCAGAGUAAAAAAUACUCAUUACGUGACACCACGUUGCAUUCUACUAAUCUCUAGAUCAGGGGUGUCGGUCAUUUUUGUCACGGGCCACAUCGUAGUUAUGACUUCCCUUCGAGGGCCAUUAUGACUGUGAACCCGUAUGAAGGUAUUAUCACCUCAUAUAAUUAGAUGUACACAACAAAUUGAUGAACAACUAGUUGUGAAAUCAGAAGCCUGUAAAAACAUGUUUUUAACUACUAAAUUUCUUUUCAAAGUGGGAUUGGAAACAAUAAUGCUUGCAAUAUCACAACAUCAUUGCAUUGGAACACUAUUAGCAGUUUUGAUUCGCUUUUGCGGGCCACAUACAAUGAGAUGGCGGGCUUGAUCUGGCCCCCGGGCCACCAGUUUGACAUCUGUGCUCUAGCUUAUGCUUGAACUGAUGCAUGGUUUCUUCUUUUUAUCAAUAAUGUUUUGAUAGGAAGAGUACUACAAUGUGGGAUUUUGGUAAAAUUGCUUCUCCAUUAUUAUUGCACUGCCCCAAAUUACGCACCCUUACUCUUACUACAAAAAAAAAGGUUGGCUUUGAUGUAAAAUACAACAUGAAAUUUUAAAUUGUACAGAUAGGAAUGAUGAAAACCCCAAUAGCAUAUUUUUGGAGUUGUCUCUAUAAAGUCAUUUAUUAUGUCUGAAUUGGCUUGUAUUAUGGAGUAAGCACUCAUUUAACUUCAAGGGAGUUCUUGUCCACACCUAAAAGCUGGUACAGCAAUUUAGUCCGAACGUUUCCCAACUAAAAUCUAUUUAAGCUUUAAGUGUUAAACCAAGCAAUUAUACUGCACAGUUAUUUGAAGUUUUAUGCUUUGUGUAUUGAUGAUUUUUAAAAAUAUAUAUCUAUAUAUAUACACGGAUGAAUAUGUUUAAAUAUUUCACUGCUUUGCCCGAUGAAAUGAUUAUGACUUGACUAGUAUGUAAUAUAGGAUAUAAAAGUGUCAUUGGGCCUUCCACUGAAAACGAACUAAAACCAUCAUUACCCUGAAUAUCAACUUCCUAUUUUUUUUGUACUUUCCUGAAAAUUAGAUUUGAUUGAAAUGACUUUAUGAAAUAAAUUUACAAUCUAUGGAAUGAAAAAGGUGGUUACUUGGACCAUUAUUGCAAAUUUCUUAUGCUGUUCCAAAGACUAAAUGCAAGUUUGUACAAAAAAAAAGUAUGACCACUGACCACAACCUGAUGAAUACAAUGUCUAACUAAUUAAACUCAGUGACCUAAUAGGUGAUGGUGGCUUUGCUCUAAAAUCUUGAAAAUGCAUCAGUAUUCCUCCAUCACAAAAGGUUAAGGUCCUUUUACGACAAGAUAUGUGUUUUAUUUGUUAUUUUCCUCUUAAGUUCUCAUGGGUUUCAAACUAGCAAGUGAGCAAUGCAGAAUCACAUUUCAUUAUCACUGCCGUUGCUAUUCUUUGAGAGUUCAGAUGGGGAAUGUAUUAAAUUCUAGUGUCUUAAACAUAGGAGCAACAUUCCAGUUUGCAAUGAAAAAAACAACAAAUGCGUCCUGACCUAAGUGUACGCUUUACAUUGCGUGUGUUUAUAAGCACGGGCGUUUUUUCCUCAUACCCUCAUAGAUGCCGGCAUGUUGCUCAAUAUAGAGCACAUAAGCACAAUGUCAUGAUUUAGUGGGACAUGUAAAUAUGGUGUAUGUCUCACUCCAUCCUGGUGUCAUAUUCCAGAUUAAUUGUUGUUUACUUCAAACAGCUGUGACAUGUUUCUGAACUUGUGCAUGUAAACACAAACAGGGUGAUGUAUAUUGACAUGCGGACCGAGUUGAAUGAAUGAUUGACUCUUUUUCAUUUAGGGCGGCCUUUUUCUGUUGUUUUGAUCCAGUUGAAUAAUUUCCAUUUGUCUGGAUCAAUGGAAAUCAUACUCACUUGUACAUAAACUGAACUAGCCCAUGGCAGUUAUGUUUAUCUCUCUAUGUAUCUACAUUCCAUGUCUUCUUAAAUUUCUUUUUUACUUUUUAGGGAAUACUUUACUGGACUACUCAAUGCCAAGGUCAGUAUAUGAUUAAAAAAAAAAAAAAAAAAGUUUCCUUAAGGUUGUGUAUCAUAGUGUUUUGUUCUAUGCAUUGACAUCAGAUUGUUCAGAUUGUAUUCGCAGAAGUAUUUUCAAUACAGUACAGUAGGCGUUUCCCCUGUUGAUUAGAUCGUUAUCAUUGUGCACAUAAUGUCAGGUUCCAGAAAGCCUUUGUUUUUUUUUUUUUGGUUUUUUUCUCUUCUUCUUUAAAUGAUUGCCACUUUGUUCUACAGUUAGCUUUUUCACUUCCCAAAAAUUCGUUUUGCAAAAGGAGAAUGAGCUGAGGUUUUCUGUAGGGCACUUCUACACACACGCACAACACACACACUUUUAUGAAUAACCAUGUUUUUCUUUCUUCUGUGAAGGACAAGUGUGGAUUUCCAAAUGAGCCUCUCUUUUUCUUUAGAAAACUUCUGCAGGGGAAAGUUGCUUCAUGUCACUAGUGGUGUUAUUGUACAGUUAUUUUGUUUUUCUUUAUAUACUAUUGCCCCCCACCCCCUCUGCUUUCCACAAAGCGUAUUCCUUUUGGCAAACAAAGCUGUUAGGAUAUGUCUUCUUCAAACACUGAUCUUCAUACACGUUUCAAUUAUGAACAAGCAACUUCUGACUGUGUACACUAAUAAAACUUAUGAUUCAAGUCAAAACUCGUGUGUUCAGUGACAGUGGGUUAAUGAUGAGACUAUAAUAAGUACCCUAUAAAUAAUCAUCCAUCCGUGCAAGUUAUAUACAUGCCGGACUGGUCGUCACCAAUCACGGCAUAAAAUCAAAACAAAACCAUGAAUGUUCACAUUCACACGUAUGAACAACGAAGUCUUUUAGCGUAGAAUGCGUGAUUUCAACAUUUGCCUUACUUGUAGCACGCCUCUAACAACAGAUAUAGCUCGAGAUGCAGACUUUAGUGGGGAAAGUUGCAGUGGUGGAUAGAAUAGGAAGAAUGUAGUUGCGGAUAUCCAUCCAUCCAUUUUCAACACCGCUUAUCCUGGUUAGGGUCGCGGGGCGCUGGAGCCUAUCCCAGCUGACUUCGGGCGAAAGGCGGACUACACCCUGAACUGGUCGCCAGUCAGUCGCAGGGCAAAGUUGCGGAUAUCUAAAGCGCAAUUAUAUUCUGCAAUGUAAAUCAUCCCGUCAAGCUGUUAAUUGUUAAGAAGGGUAGCUAAAGAUGGUGUUUUCCUUGUGUUUCUUUGUUACUUUCAAUCUUGGGAUUUGGUAAUUUAGUAUUUUUGAUGCUGCCACACACCUUGUUUGCCUUGUUGUAGUAUAUAGUGUGUGUGUGUGUGUGUGUGUAUAUAUAUAUUUAUUUAUAUAUAUAUAUAUAUAUAUAUAUAUAAAAAAUAAGGGGACUUGACAGUAUUGAAGUUCAUGCCGAAUCUAUUGAAGUCAUUAAUGGUCUAGUGUCACCGGUACAAAGUAAGAAUCUUCUUUUUGGUGUGAUUUAUUUAUUUCUU